AUGAACAACCUCACGGGUUCAAUCCCUGUAUCUAUAGGAAACUUGAGCAACUUAGCUAGUUUGUACCUUUAUAACAACGUGCUCAGUGGUCAUAUCCCAGACGGCCUGUGCUUUAAUGGAUUGUUGGUUAAUUUUUCUCUAAGUGAUAAUAAUCUCAUAGGUCCUAUCCCAAAAAGCUUGAGAAAUUGCUCUACCUUAUUCAGAGUUAGGCUUGAUAGAAACCAACUUUUGGGAAAUAUAUCAGAAGAUUUUGGUAUAUACCCAAACUUGAUUUACAUUGAUUUGAGUUAUAACAAUUUUUAUGGUGAGGUAUCACAAAAAUGGGGAAAGUGCAAUGUUUUGACUUGUCUGAAAAUGUUCAACAAUAAUAUUUCUGGUGAGAUACCACUUGAAAUAAUGGAUUCAACUCAAUUACGCCUCCUUGACCUCUCUUCAAAUGACCUAGUUGGACAAAUCCCAGUGAAAUUGGGAAGGAUGGUUUCACUAUUCAAGCUUAAGCUAGAUGAUAACCAUCUAUUAGGCAAUAUUCCUCCAGAUUUCAGCAAGUUGUCAAAUCUAGAGAUCCUUAAUUUGGCAGCAAAUGAUUUGAGUGGUUCAAUCCCUAGAGCACUUGAAAAGUGUAAGAAACUUUGGAACUUGAAUUUGAGCAAUAAUAGAUUUGGGGAAAGCAUUCCUUCUGAAAUAGGUCAUGUGCAUAACCUUCAAAUUCUUGAUCUUGGUCAUAAUUUGCUAAGACGUAAGAUACCACAGCAGAUUGGAGAAUUGCAAAUGUUAGAAACAUUGAAUCUCUCCCACAAUGAACUCUCUGGUUUCAUUCCAUCAUCUUUUGAUAAUAUGUUAGGUUUGACAUUGAUAGAUUUAUCUUUCAAUCAGUUGGAUGGUCCUAUUCCUAACAUCAAAGCCUUCCGAGAGGCUCCAUUUGAGGCACUUAGAGGUAAUAAAGGUUUAUGUGGUAAUGUUACUAGUUUGAAGACUUGCCCGCAAAUAAUAAACAAUGGGGUUGCUACAAAAAAGAGUAGCAAAGUUGUAUUACUAAUUGUUCUUAUUUUUGCUUUUCUAUUCUUUUACUAA